CACGGACUGUAAGCUAUGGGCGAUCGAACGACAAUGCUUCCAGACAAUUAUGAUGAGGACUGGUCUCAUAAGACAAACGGAAUAUACAGAUUUCCUCAAGAGUGUUCCAAUAUUCAAAGACCUGCCCGAAGAAACCCUUAUAAAGAUUUCGGACGUUUUGGAAGAGACGUUCUACAAUGCCGGAGACUACAUAAUCAGACAAGGUGCCCGGGGAGACACGUUCUUCAUAAUCAACAAAGGAAAGGUUAAAGUCACCAUAAAACAAUCGAACAACGCCGAAGACAAGUACAUCAGGACGYUGCAGAAGGGUGACUUUUUCGGMGAAAAAGCGCUACAAGGCGAUGACUUGCGUACCGCGAACAUCAUCGCGUGCGACCCCGACGGAGUGUCAUGUUUGGUCAUAGACCGGGAGACAUUCAACCAACUGAUUGCCGGACUAGACGAGAUACGCACCAGAUACAAAGACGACGAUGUCUUGGGUCGAAUGAGCUCUACAAACAAGGAGUUCCAGAACCUGAAGCUUUCCGACCUGCAAGUUUUGGCCACUUUGGGCGUGGGUGGUUUCGGUCGCGUGGAACUCGUCCAAGUAAACAACGACACAUCCAGAUCGUUUGCCCUAAAACAAAUGAAAAAGAGUCAAAUUGUCGAGACUAGACAACAACAGCACAUCAUGUCAGAAAAAGAGAUCAUGGGAGAAGCUAACUGUGAAUUCAUUGUUAAGUUGUUCAAGACGUUCAAAGAUCAAAAAUACUUGUAUAUGCUCAUGGAGUCUUGUCUUGGGGGAGAAUUGUGGACUAUACUGAGAGACAAAGGCCAUUUUGAUGAUUCUACCACACGUUUCUACACUGGAUGUGUCGUUGAAGCAUUUGACUACUUACAUUCUCGUAACAUAAUCUACAGAGAUCUGAAACCUGAAAAUCUACUUUUGGAUAUCACUGGUUAUGUGAAAUUGGUCGAUUUCGGUUUUGCUAAAAAACUACAGAACGGAAGAAAAACCUGGACAUUUUGUGGAACACCAGAAUAUGUUGCCCCCGAAGUGAUUCUCAACAGAGGUCAUGAUAUAAGUGCUGAUUACUGGUCAUUAGGAGUACUUAUGUUUGAACUACUUACCGGUACACCGCCAUUCACUGGAGCCGAUCCGAUGAAAACUUAUAACAUAAUACUUAAAGGCAUAGAUGCAAUAGAAUUUCCAAGAAAUAUCACAAGGAAUGCUAGAGUCUUAAUUAAGAAAUUAUGCAGAGAUAAUCCAGCUGAACGGCUUACUGAAGUACAAAAACAUAAGUGGUUUGAUGGUUUCAAUUGGGAAGGACUACGUAAUCGAACCCUUACUCCUCCUAUCUUGCCAAAGGUGCGCAGUGCUAUAGACACAAGCAAUUUUGACAAUUAUCCGCCUGACGCAGACAGUCCACCACCAGAUGAUAAUUCAGGAUGGGAUGUAAAUUUUUAAAAUGUAAAAAACAAUAAUUAUUGUUUGUCCACGUCUACGAUUUUACUCUAUGGUUUCAAAUUACCCAUGUUUUACAUUCUAGUUAUGUCUUACAAAUUAAUUUAGUCUUGUUAAUUAUUCAGUGUACUACCAUAUGGAAACAAAUAAUUGUUAGAUUAUUUGAUAUUAUUUUUCAAAUUUUGUUAACCAUACCAUUUAAAUUUUGUUUUUAUAUAAAUAAAUAUUUGUUAUAUCCCCCUCCCUUUCUGAUAGGUAUCUAUAGAUACCUACAUUUACGAAUUUAAUAUACAAUAAGUGCCUUUCAAUUUUCUGAACACAAUUUAUUAUGGCAA